UUUUGCUACCUUGUGAGGCAAGCCUCCACAUCUCUCUACUUAUCUAUAUAUACAAACUCUCUCCCCACAUUCAACUCCGAUCUCAUUCUUUUCUCCACUCUCACAACACCAACAAGUUAUUGAACCAAAAACUAAAAGAGACAACCUUUUUUACCUCAAAAAAAUAGUUACUCUUCAAACAUUACUUGUUCACUCCAACAUUGUUUUGUCUAUUCAGAUUCAGCUCUUUUCGCUUCGAUUCGUUAAUUUAUCAUUAAAACUCUGUAUCAUGGUUAAGUUAGAGAGCAAGAAAGUAAAAAAAGAACAAUUAUCAAAGCCAAUAUCAGAUAGCAAGAAAAAGUACAAAGGAGUGAGAAUGAGGAGUUGGGGUUCAUGGGUAUCAGAGAUUAGAGCACCAAAUCAAAAAACAAGAAUAUGGUUAGGUUCUUAUUCAACUCCAGAAGCAGCAGCUAGAGCUUAUGAUGCUGCACUUAUCUGUCUUAAAGGUUCAUCAGCAACAAAUCUCAAUUUCCCUUUAACUUGUUCACAUUACAACAUUCCUCAAGAUACUAAUAAUGUUACUGUCAUGUCUCCCAAAUCAAUUCAAAGAGUUGCUGCAGCUGCUGCAAAUAGUUUCAUUGAUAAUAAUGUCAAUGUCAACAACAUUAAUACUCCUUCAUCAUCAAUGGCUUCCUCUCCUUCCGAUCAAAUCGAUGAUGAUGUUUCGCUCAUGUCGUCUUUUGAUCAAGCUAAUGAAUCAAUGGCUAUGAUGGAAUUGGAAAGUUGGUAUGGUUUAGAAGGUUUACAAUCUCCUAAAUAUAUUGAUCAAAUGUUGCUAAAUGCUUCUUUCUUUGAUGUUGAUUCGUCGCUUCUGCUUGAUGAUCUGUAUGAAGAAAGUGAAAUUCGUUUGUGGAACUUCUGCUGAAGAAACUCAAAUCUUAUUUUCUCAAAAUUAUUAAAUUCAAUUUCAAUUGGUUUGUCUUCAGUGAAACAACCUGAAGAUAUUACUGAUUUUGACCGAGUUCAAAUUUGUAUUCUUUUGGUACAUAGUGAAUGUUAGAUGAAAUUCGUAUUAAUUACAGACAUAAGAGAAUUUUUUCUCUAAUUUUCUACAUA